UUUACUUGCUCAUGCUGGCCAAGAUGCUGGCAACAAUGAUUUCGACCAUUUAAUUGAGCAUGCGCAGUAGCAAAAUUCGCGCAGGAGCCGCUACAACAAUGGCGUCUAUUGACGCUCUCCAAAUAAAUCCUGAAGCUGUCAGCAAAUUAGAGAGCUUCCUGAAAGACCCGGCUUACAAAGAAGCCAUUGAGAACUCGGCAACUUAUAACACGCGACUAUGUAUCGAACGGCGCCUACGGAUGCCCUUUUUGGACUCUCAAACUGGAGUUGCACAGAAUCACUCAAACCUCUUCAUGAGUUCAAGACAAAGACUGCCGGGGGUAUGCGAGGGUCAAAUAUACUCGUACCCUUCCAAGAGGUGGCGAAAGAAACGUAGGCAGUACUUGAUGAACUGGAUGCAGCCGCGCAGAAAGGAAAUUGAAAACGAAAUUGACCUGCACACAAUAAGUACUGUUGAAAAUCCAGCGGCCAUCAACGAAGACAGCAAGGACAGCAUGCUGAAAGAUGAGGCUACCAAGCUUUCACAAGAUGCCUGGUUCUAUGAUGAUCUAGAUAUAAAUGACAUAGACAACUUUGAUGAGCCGGAUGCAGAUUCUGAUUAUGACUACGAAGAGUCUUAUAAGAGAAAUAAGAGGAGGAGAAAUGCAAAAACGCCUACGAGGAAUUCGCAGCCUGCAGGUCGAGGGCGGAGAAAAAUCACUCCGAACUACGACGCUGUGACAGGAGACGCGGACAAACCAUUCUCGUGCGAACUGUGUGGCGCCCGCUAUAAGACCCGGCCAGGCCUGACCUACCACUACACCCACUCGCACAAGGACAAGGAGGAAGAUGACGACGACAGCGGUUCGGCCUCCCUGCCCGCCACCUCUGGGGGCGGCAGUGCGGCCUCGCCAAAGCCGACGCCACCCGCGGCCUCUGCUCCGCCUGGAGGCGCGGCCAGCGGUGCGCCCGGAACUCCGGGUCCGCCAACCGCGGCGCCUCCGUCGGUGCCGGCGCCAGAAACGGCCGGUCCGAACGCCUCACCAGGAACUCCUAGGCGCGGUCGUCAAAAUCUGAGUGCUUCCGGCAUGCCGAAUCUCAUUCCUGAAGAGCCGCUGACACCAACCGUGGUCAACGAGAGGCGCAAACCUCCUAACCUGACCCCUGCCGAAGGGGGCGUGGUCAAGGAUGAGCACAACCGGGCCAAUCCGUCGCCGUAUUGCGACUUCUGCCUGGGUGACGCCAACGAGAACAAGAAGACGGGCACCUCGGAAGAGCUGGUUUCGUGCUCCGACUGCGGCCGCUCAGGACAUCCGUCGUGUCUCCAGUUCACUGCAAACAUGAUCAUAUCGGUUCGGAAGUACCGAUGGCAGUGCAUCGAGUGCAAGUGCUGCUCUGUCUGCGGAACCUCUGAUAAUGAUGAUCAACUGUUGUUUUGCGACGACUGCGACCGAGGGUACCACAUGUACUGUUUGAAUCCACCGCUGACGUCUCCUCCAGAAGGGACGUGGAGCUGUACUUUGUGCAUGGAUGAGUUUCACAAGAAAUGAGAUAGUUGCAGAGAUGGCUGGUUUGAGUGCAGGAGUGCAUUGUUUAAUUAGCAAUUAAUUAUUGUAUACGUCUUAAUUGGAUACUUAAUUAAUAAGUGGAUUUAGCUCAAAAAUUCCAAUUUCUAUACUUGAUCUGCUCUCUUGUUUUCUAUAUAGUUGCAGGCGAACAAAUUAAAAUAAUUUUAAAUAUUUGUACUUUUAAAAUGUCUCCUUUUGGGGAUUUUAUUUUCAAUGAUAAAUUUUAAUUUUUUUUUCAACAAUUCCCAAACUCUUGUUUCUUCUUUGUUCAGUAUUUUGUGUAUUAUUGAAUUUUCUGUGUCAGACUUUGCCGCGAUCAUCAUUGCAAGUGCUUUGGCUUGCCGCCGGUGGUGGCAAUAAGGGUGUUCAGGGGAAGGAUCCACGGACCCUAGCUACGUCAGGGGUUUGUUUAACAUGCAAAAACGGUCCCCUAAUUCUGAAAUGCCGCUGCUGCAGUCUUUAUCUACCUCUGCUUGUGGAAAAAAAUUUCGAGAGCAUGGAAAGACAAAAAAUUAAUGUUGCUACUUAAGAUUAGAAAGCGCAAUUGGUUUGUGCGCUUGUAAGUAUUUGUCAGAAAAAAAAUGUGUCCAUUCAACCUAACAGUAUUUGUAAAUUAUGAAAGGAGGAAAAAUAAACUGUAUUCUAGAAAAGUGCAAUUUUCGCCUUUGGAACUUUAUUAUUUUAUGUUUCGCAACGCUUGUCGUGUUUUUAUCACUUGCCUUAACUUUUUAAGGCCUAAAUUACUCGUCAACUUUAUUUCUAAGAAGUUAUUGCACUCACAACUGCACAUGGGGUAUAAAAAGCAGAUAAGUAGCGUGCACGUGAUAAUUCAAUUGAAGGUGACUGGCAUGACGUGCUGCGCCAAUUUUAGAGAGAUCGGCAGUGCCAAACUUCAUGGAAAUGAGAGAGUUGCAGAGAUUGCUGGUUCGAGUGCAGGAGUGCAUUGUUUAAUUAGCAAUUAAUUAUUGUAUACGUCUUCAUUGGAUACUUAAUUAAUAAGUGGAUUUAGCUCAAAAAUUCCAAUUUCUAUACUUGAUCUGCUCUCUUGUUUUCUAUAUAGUUGCAGGCGAACAAAUUAAAAUAAUUUUAAAUAUUUGUACUUUUAAAAUGUCUCCUUUUGGGGAUUUUAUUUUCAAUGAUAAAUUUUAAUUUUUUUUUUCAACAAUUCCCAAACUCGUCUUGUUUCUUCUUUGUUCAGUAUUUUGUGUAUUAUUGAAUUUUCUGUGUCAGACUUUGCCGCGAUCAUCAUUGCAAGUGCUUUGGCUUACCGCCGGUGGUGGCAAUAAGGGUGUUCAGGGGAAGGAUCCACGGACCCUAGCUAUGUCAGGAGUUAACAUGCAAAAAUGGUCCCCUAACUCUGAAAUGCCACUGCUGCUGUCUUUAUCUACCUCUGCUUGUGGAAAAAAAAUUUCGAGAGCAUGGAAAGACAAAAAAUAAUGUUGCUACUUAAGAUUAGAAAGCGCAAUUGGUUUGUGCGCUUGUAAGUAUUUAAGUAUUUGUCAGAAAAAAAAUGUGUCCAUUCAACCUAACAGUAUUUGUAAAUUAUGAGAGGAGGAAAAAUAAACUGUAUUCUAGAAAAGUGCAA